ACUUAUGACUUUUGACAUUUAUCGUAGAUGUCAUAGCAAGAAAAAAUGAUAACGUAAAACUUUUAUUUGUUUAUUGUAAAAACAAAAGUUCUCUAAAAUCAAAUGUUUAAUUAAUAUUGGUUCAGUUAAAAAUCUAUUAUUGAACUCAUAAAAAUGGAAAUGGCAAAGUCUAUAUUUGGUUCUCGAGACCAUGAGGGCUAUGUUGGCCGUGAGGAACAUGCUAAAAAGCUGCAAUUCAAUUAUUCGGAAGAAGACAACGAUUUACCAGACUUAAUCGACGAGUUGAGUGUUGUGGACGGUUUGCGACCGAACCCUGGAGGACCCUUCUCUGCACUCACACCAUCGAUGUGGCCACAAGAAAUUCUGGCCAAGCUGGGACAGCCAGAAUGCGAGGCGGGUCCGAAUGACCAGCCUGAUUAUCGAUUUGAUGAGUUCGGAUUUCGAGUGGAGGAGGAGGAUGGGCCCGAACAGAGUUCUAAGAAAUUGCUAGGCAUUCCGUUUGUGGAGGAUACGGAGCAGAGAAAGCAAUGGAUUGCCCACUUGGAGUUCUCCCACAACAAAGAAGCUUGCGAGUUGACGUGGGAAAAUGUCGAUGUUGUCCUGCCACGAACCGAAAAGCUGCGACAAAUGGUCCGCGAUGGAAUACCUCACUCUUUACGUCCACAGAUGUGGAUGAGACUCUCUGGGGCUCUGCAGAAGAAAAUCAAAACUGAAACAUCGUAUCAGGAAAUCAUAAAAGCCUCGGGCAACGACGCACUCAUGACAUCGAAACAGAUAGAGAAAGAUUUGCUGCGAAUACUUCCCACCAAUGCUUGUUUCAGCAACCCUCAUGGCACUGGAAUUCCGCGUUUACGGAGAAUUCUACGUGGCAUCGCUUGGCUCUUUCCCGAUAUUGGCUAUUGCCAGGGAACUGGAGUUAUCGCCGCCUGUCUGCUGCUGUUCAUGGAGGAGGAAAAUGCGUUCUGGAUGAUGGCAACCAUUGUGGAGGAUCUCCUGCCUGCAUCGUACUAUUCGUCUACUCUUUUGGGAAUUCAAGCCGAUCAACGUGUGAUGCAAACACUCAUCGCUAACUAUCUGGCAUCCGUCGAUGAGACGCUUAAGAAGCAUGACAUUGAACUCUCGCUGAUAACACUGCACUGGUUUCUGACACUGUUCGCCAAUGUAGUCCAUAUGAAAAUCCUCGUCCGCAUCUGGGAUUGGUUCUUUUAUGAAGGUUCGAUUGUCCUGUUCCAGUUGACGCUGGGAAUGCUGCGUAUCAAAACAGAAGACUUACAGCGCUUGGAGAACUCAGCACAAAUCUUCAACUCAUUGUCAGAUAUUCCCGGAGAAGUGGACGAUGUUGAGGUGCUGUUCCGCAAUGCCCUCGAAGUUGGGGGCUCUCUGAGCCAGACCGUCAUCGAUACCCAUCGCCGACGGCACUUAGCAUACCUGAUGGCCGACCAAGGGGGUUUGGUGGGCAAUCCGGAGGCGGUUCCAAAUCUACCCAAGCAGCAACUUGCCAGGCGACAAGUCAAACGAACUAAGUCCGUGUUGCAAACAUUGCUGUUCCGUGGCGGUGAGGACACUGAGCCAGAUGAACUCAAGAACAAAAACAUCCGCCAGACGGAGAUUCUAGUGGAUCUUCGAGAAGCGAUUCUAAAAGUUGCUCGCCACUUUCUUACCAUCGAGCCUAAAUUGCAGGCGCACAUCCGCCUCACUGCCGAAUACAACAGCGAUAGUCACGCCAAGGAUCAUGAGAACUUCAUAAAUGUGGCGCGGACCCGCAAACGAAGAGCUAAAGCUCUGCACGACUUUGAAAGGCACGACGAUGAUGAGUUGGGAUUCCGGAAAAAUGACAUCAUCACCAUCAUCAGUCAAAAGGAUGAGCACUGUUGGGUGGGAGAGUUAAAUGGAUUGCGUGGUUGGUUUCCGGCUAAGUUUGUGGAGCUGCUCGAUGAGCGAAGCAAACAGUACACCUCGGCGGGAGAUGAUGCCAUCUCAGAGACUGUCACAGACCUGGUGCGGGGCACUCUAGCGCCAGCAAUUAAACAGGUCCUCGAGCAUGGCAUGAAGCGCCCAACUUUCCUCGGUGGACCCUGCCAUCCGUGGUUAUUCAUAGAAGAAGCCGCCACCCGUGAGGUGGAAAAGGAUUUUGAUUCGGUCUACAGCCGACUGGUGCUAUGUAAAACGUAUCGAUUAGAUGAGGAUGGCAAGGUCCUCACACCCGAGGAGCUCCUUUAUCGGUGUGUUCAAGCUGUCAACCAAAGCCACGACGAUGCUCAUGCCCAAAUGGACGUGAAGUUGCGUAGUCUCAUUUGUCUGGGUCUCAACGAACAGGUGCUACAUCUGUGGCUGGAGGUGCUCUGUUCGUGUGUGGAAAUCGUCCAAAAAUGGUAUCACACUUGGAGUUUUGUCUAUUCUCCCGGUUGGGUUCAGAUCAAGUGUGAAUUGAGAAUCCUGUCACAGUUUGCGUUCAACUUGAAUCCUGACUGGGAGUUGCCGCCCAAACGAGGAAAAGAAAGUCAACCACUUAAAGAUGGAGUAAGGGAUAUGCUUGUUAAGCAUCAUCUCUUCUCAUGGGAUCUAUGAGCAACUAUAAAAAGAGAGCAAUAGAUGGAUGAUGAGCAACAGGUCGAAAGCAGGUGAUAGCUUUUCUUUUUUCGUUUUGUUUUUUCCUCCUCUUCAAAACCAAUCCUGUAUUAAAAGGAUACAAAAACAAAAAUAUGAAACAAUUUUUAUCCAUAACUUGUAUGUGUAUGUUUAUGUGUUUUUGAGUAUUAACUUUUAAUCCCUGUUCCCGUUUGUUUCAUUAUAUUUAAAACACUAACAAAUAAAACAAAAACAAAUAACUUAUAAUAUACAAUAUACAUUAUUAUAUAGGUAAAUAUAAUUUAUUUAAUUUAAAA